CUCUCGCUACGCACAGCAACCAUGCAGCGGAGGUGGCAUCAACCGUUUGACUUUACGUUAGCCAAUUCUCUGUUUAAUCGUAGGGAGUGUGCAUCGAUGGUUUAAUUGAAGAUCUCCGAGUGCAGUUUUUCAGCUAGAUCUUGACGACGCGUGAAAGUAGAAUGCGGUUCUCUCUGCCCGAUAGCAUCGCGCUGCUUUGUAAACAAACAUGGAUGGGAAAUCUUUUGGAAACGGUACGGAUGCUCCGAGAGAUGUGAAAGCUCCUGCCACAGACGGUGGGAAGCGAGGUCACCAAGAUGAGGUGGUGGUGUGUGGUAUCCGCCGGCUGAGCACCAUCUCUGAGAAGGAUGCAGACAUGGACGCUCCAUCCACUCCCUCCCCGUCCCCUUCUCCCUCUCCAUCUCCUUCUCCGUCUCCUCCUCCCUCUCCGCAGAUGUGCGUGGGCGUGGCCCGUUCAGAGUGGGCAGGGUCUAGUGCCACCCUGCUCUCAGACAAACACCUCCUCAGCAGCGGGUUCACCUCCUUCGACUCAGCCAUGCCCGACUCCAGCGAUGACUGUGCGUCCCUGCUGCUGGCGUGCCUGCACUGCCGCUUCUCGGAGCUGUUUGGCCUGCUCCCUGUGACGUGUGGGCACGCCCUGGUCCGCUGCUGCCCCUCCUGUCGCUACUUCUCCUCCCUCACUGAGGAGCCGCGCUCCGACACCGACUGCUGCAACGUCAAGCUCAACUGCGACUGCGGCCUGCUCAACUCCUGCCAGGAGGCCAGCGAGCUGCUGGAGCUGGCCAUGGAGAUCUCCGAGGUCUGCUACCGCUGAGAUCAGGGCUAGAGACAGAGAUAUCGUGGUUCAGAUGAAGGGCCAUGCCUGGAUUUACAUGGCAUGCAAUCCCCUCCCCUCCCCUUUAUUCUUAGGACCUUGGUUACUGACUUCACCACCUCACCCGAGCUGGCCAUGGAGAUGUCCAUGGUCUGCUACUGCUGAGUUGGAUCAUCAUGUUUAAGAAGGUCUGGCACAAAACUGAUUACAUUGAAGCUUAAGGAUGUUUCUUUUCAGGAGUGCAGAACCAAGUGACCCUACCCCUUAUGCUUAGGAUUACCCUGGUCAAUGACUCCCCACCCCAUACCACCCGAGAACGCCUUGGAGAUCUUCGAGGUCUGCUGCCACUGACCGACCGAGGCUGGAACCAGAGUCAUUAUGACUCAGAAGGGCCAUACCUGCAGUUACAUGGCAUGUAAUCCACACCCCCCUCUCCACUUUAUGCUUAGGACCCUGGUUCCUGACCAAGGCUGGAGCAGAGAGCAGAGAUGAGCAGAGAUCAGUUGUAUGUUGAGGACAUUUGACAGACUUCUUUGUGGAUAUGGGUAACCCACACACCCAGGCAUACAGCUCCUAUGAUAAUGCAGUGUAUUUAUAAGCUGUCAUCAGUUCGCUGUUGAAAGGCAUGCCUGUCAUUUGCUUCCAUAAAGUUUAUUACACAGUUACAGUUGUAAAGCUAUCUCAGGAUGAAGCAUCUCAGGAUUCACUCACAACUCAUACUACCACUGCUUAUAUUGCACGAUUCACACAGCAAGAUCCAAAGUCCUGAACCUUAGGUGCCCACAAUGAAUACAGACCUGGUUAAGCUUAAUCUCUCUAAGUUUCAGGCUUAGUUGUUUGAGAGAGAGUAGCACCGCUCACAGCAUGUUUGAAAUGCCUGGAUUUAAUUAUUGAAUGUUCUAUUGCAUUAGACUUGAAUGGAAAUAUUUUACACUGAUUGUUUUAAUUGAAAUGGGAGUUCAAAAUAUAUGUAUGCCUUAUUA